AUGGAUCACAACGAGAGCAGGAUUAGCAAAAUGGAUGCUCUGCUGUUCGCGUUGUCGUUCGAGGUUGUUUUACUGCAAAUGAGGAUUUUAGAGGGCAGUAGUAAAUUACGAAUCCGAGAAUGGCGUCCUACGACCAAGAUUGAAAGGCUACAGUAUGCUAAGUUAAGAGAGGACCGAGAUUUGGUAGAGGACGUAAUUCGGGAAACCCUUAUACAAGUUAUAGAGUCUGGAAGAUGGGAUGCAAUCAAAAAGACAAUCGAAGUUCUAAAAGAAAAAGACAGUGACCUGGUGGCGCUGAAGCAUUCUAACGAGAAACUUAAAAUGACCGAAGAAGGGAUUCAGCUAGAAUUGGAACUAAAAAGAAACCAAUGGAACAAGGAUCUACGAGAUGCUGAUUGUAAAGUAGCUGUUCUUCGAGACAAAAUGAGUGAACGUGAGGAAUGUUUGGAAUAUUGGCGCCAACGUUAUGAUACCGAUACAGUGGCAAUGACUAUCACAGUUCAAAAGAAAUGUGAAGAACUAAAACUUGCAACUGUUAAGCGCAUGGAGUUACAGAAGUUGUACGACUUGCAUGAAGGUGAAAUGCGUGGUUGGCUGAAUUUUAAACGAGAGCGUGCCGCUCGCCUAGCACGAGAAGAACAUCAACGGCUAUCCGCUAUACGUAUACAAGCUUGGUGGCGAGGUGUCCUAGUGCGAAAGGCUCUUGGACAAUUCAAGUAUCUACGACAGACAAAAAAACAACCCGGAAAGGGCAAAAAGAAAUAA